AUGGCCUCUUCGCAGCCCCCUCAUUCUCUGAACCUGACAUCGUCGCCGCCCAUCUUCAUCCUUCCAACUCACUUGAAACCAGACGAACUUCAUGACACAGAAGACUUGAUUCUUCAAGCCGGCGGCCACUUGACGUAUGAUGCCCAGGAGGCAAGAUUGUUCAUAGGCAGGGUCGCCCAGAAGAAGCGGGCUGCGUUCGACCUUCGGGCUAAGGGAGUAUGGACCGAAGAGGCAGCCUUGCCGGAGACCAGCUCCAAGGGUGGAGGAGAUCAUCAACAGACCGUGGAACAAGGCCCAGCGAGGAAGAAAGUCAAGCUUGCAGACUAUGCUGGCGGCUCCCGGCAUUCGACAAGACAGAAGCGGCGCAGCUCAAGCACGCUCUCGGCCUCUUCAGAUAACUCUAUGGACGGUGGCGCAUCUCGACCGACUCCGUUCUGGCCUAAUCUUACAAACCAUAUUCUCAUACUCAAACUCUCCUGGCUGGAAGCUUGUCUCAAGGACGGACAUCUAGUUCCAUACCAACCUUACAUUGUCUAUACUGCGAGAAUCCUCCCCAAUCCCACGGGCGAAGACUCUUCAAAAGCGCAAGCGCCACUGUCGACAUAUGUCAAGGUAGGCUCUGGAUCCCAAUCCCAAUCCCAAACCACCACAGCACGAAGAGCAUCCAAACCUUCAGUGUCCGCGUCCAUACUGGAGCGCGCAAAGGCUGAAGCAGCGGCCCUUCCCUCCUCAUCUCGCCGCCGUUUUGGCGAUCAUGCACAUCACCAUUCGUCAUCACAGGCCGACUCCAGCAAACACAAGCCGCCUAAACUUCAUCGCACCACAACAUCUGAAAUGGAAUAUGCAGCCGAACAUCCUCUGCCUCCUCUUCCAGACUGGGCAGUCGGCCCCAACGCGGCCUACGCAUGCUGCCGCUCCACGCCCAUGCACACCCCCAACGACGCCUUCAUCGCUCAACUCACCAAGAUAAAGGAAGCCCGCGUCCUCAGGCUCGACGAGAUCGGGGUGCGCGCCUACUCGACCUCCAUCGCCUCGGUCGCCGCCUAUCCCCACCGCAUCACUCACGUUGAAGAAAUCACCCGCCUGCCCGGGUGCGAAUCCAAAAUCGCAGCACUGUGGCGCGAAUGGCAAGACUCUGCCCCGCUGGAAGCCGACGACUCGGAAAGGUCCAUCCAGGUCGUUCGUGACCUGGACGCCGAUCAGGACCUCCAACACCUCCGACUAUUCUGGAACAUCUGGGGCGUCGGACCGGACACGGCGCGCAAGUUUUAUUUCGAGCACGGCUGGAAAGACAUGGACGACGUGGUCGAGUUUGGGUGGUCGACCUUGACCCGCGUGCAGCAGAUCGGCGUCAAGUACUACGAGGAGUUUCUGGAGAAGAUCCCCCGGAGCGAGGUGAAAUCGAUCGGAGACGUGAUUCUGCGGCAUGCGCGAUCAGUGCUAGACGUUCCGAAGGAGAAAUUCGGCACAAACGAGGACGUGGAACUGAUCAUUGUCGGAGGAUACCGGCGCGGCAAGGACUUCUCCGGAGACGUGGACGUCAUCCUCUCCCAUCGCGAAGAGUCCAAGACCCAGGACCUCGUCGUCGAGGUGGUCAGGAGUCUCGAGGGCGAGGGCUGGAUCACGCACACGUUGACACUGCACACCACGACUAGUGCUCGUGGGCAGGCGACGCUCCCGUUCCGCGGCGACAGCACGAGCCACGGCGGACACGGGUUCGACAGCCUCGACAAAGCUCUUUGCGUGUGGCAGGACCCGAACUACGAAGGCAAAUCCGACACUCGCGAAGCUUCCGACGCUGAAGCAGAAUCAUCCCGGAAAAAGAACCCCAACAUCCACCGCCGCGUCGACAUCAUCGUCAGCGCCUGGCGCACCGUCGGCUGCGCCGUGUUGGGCUGGUCCGGCGGGACCACCUUCCAGCGCGACAUCCGACGCUUCGUGCGGAAAGCCCACGGCUUGAAAUUCGACUCGUCGGGCGUGCGCAACCGCGGCAACGGCCUCGUGCUCGACCUCGAGGCUCCCCGUCCCCGGCCCAAAGAUCCCAAAGACAAAGACAAAAACGUGGCGCUGGACAAGGUGCUGAUGGGCAAGACUCUACGACGCAGCGAUUACCCCGUCGACGAGUGGGAGUGGGAUGACCAGGAUACCUGGGCGGAUCGGGAGAGGAGGCUCAUGGACGGGUUGGGGAUUGGGUACCGUCCACCGGAGGAGAGGUGUACGGGCUGA